UCAAGGACAACGUUAAGGGAAUGGGGUCUUUUUCGACCGUGGAGAAGAACUCAGAUUGUCUGUCGGUCAUGUAACGUUAUUGUUACGGUAUUUAAAACAAACCUUUUACCUCUUAUUUCUGCCUUGGUAGCCUGCGUUACCAAGAGGCAACCGCCGGCUUUGGCUACAGCUACAAUGAAUAGUAGAACAAGUACAAUCGCCGCCGGCGUGUGCGGUGCGCUAUUCCUAGGUUACUGUAUCUACUUCGACAGGAAAAGAAGGAGUGACCCCAACUUCAAGCAAAAGCUUCGGGAACGAAGGAGAAAACAGAAGGCACAACAGGACCAAUCUGGCCUAUCCAGGUUGCCGGACCUGAAGGAUGCUGAGGCUGUUCAGAAGUUCUUCCUGGAGGAGAUCCAGUUGGGAGAGGAGCUGCUGGCCCAAGGUGACUAUGAGAAGGGUGUGGAUCACCUGACCAACGCCAUCGCUGUGUGCGGUCAGCCUCAGCAGCUGUUGCAGGUGCUCCAGCAGACGCUUCCGCCGCCAGUGUUCCAGAUGCUGCUCACCAAGCUGCCCACCAUCAGCCAGCGUAUCGUCAACGCCCAGACCUCUCCUGACGACGACGUGGAGUGAGAGCCCAGAGGCGUCGGAUUUACUACCGUUAGUUUUUAUUCCCCCAGCCCGCCCCAUAAUCUCAUUCACCGGCUCCAGAGAUCCUCACAGUUGUCAAUCCCAUCCAGAACAGAACGCGGCCUCAUCCUCGCCUCCCAAAAGUGUAAAAAUGACGGCCCGUGGAAGCAUAACUCAAAUCCGAGGGGAUAGGGAUGGUCAUGUAAUGAUUUGCACUGCGCUCCAUCUUAAGCUCCUGAACUCCUGACAUGUACAUUUUCAUAUGGAUGUCCAUCCAUGGAUAUGUCUGUCUAUUGCUAAACAUUUAAGAACAAGCUUUUCGACACAAACUCCCACGUGUCUGUCCCGUGAUUGUUACUGUUACAGCUCGUUUUGAGUUGUACGUUGUUACAGGUGCUGCCCCAUCAAUAAGAAGUUUGGCAUCAUGUCUAUAUCAGGGUCUGUUAACUGUUGUGCCGAAUCAUCAUUUACAAAAAAACAAGACAGAACUAGUAAAUUCUGUUAUUCUUCAGUCCAGUAACAUGAAACAUGCAGCAUCGAAGAGUGCAAGACUUUCUGCCAGAAGCGUGAGGUUUGGGACUGACCCAUUUGGUUGCCUGGUCAACUCAAUUUUUUUUACCACAACAGUUGUUUACAUCCUUUUUGUUAUAUCACUCCGUGACGACUAAUAAUAAAUACUGGUCAUUGCGGUGACAAAUAGGAACACAUCUGUGAAAGCAACACAAAAGACUCCACACUGGUCCCUUGACCAGCUGUCUGUACUUAAGUUAUUGUUUGAAAACAGCGAGGCAAUUUUGUUAGUUUUCUUCUCUGUGGCAUGAAGGACUCCUUACUGUUGAUGGGUCAUGUUAAGGAAUGUUGCCCUGUUUUUAUUUUUACCAAAAAAAUAAUAAAGAAGGAUUGAGCUGCAA